UUUUGGAGCUUAUAAAAUUUACAAGUAUCUCAAAAAGAAGUGUUGAAUCAGGCGAUAAGCCUACGUGUGGCUGAGCAGCGCGGAUUAGGCACUAGCUCGCGUCUUCAGUCUUCAGCCUUCAGCCUUCACUCUUCACUCUUUCGGGUCGGAGAAGGAAACCAUGGCUGCUAACUUGUUGUUUUCGUGCAAUUCAAACUCAAUCCGUGCGUCAUAUUCCACAAUAUUUUUGGGUGUUAGACCGAGGUUGCUGCAUCUGGAUCAACCAACCAUGGGGAUUACUUAUGCAAGCCGUAAGUGUUCUCAUAGGCUUCUCGUGGUUGCAGCAACUGAAGGUUCUGCAAACUCCAGCAAGUCCGAGGAAACCGUCCCAUCUUGGGCUAGACCAGAUUCCGAUGAGCCCCCUCCUUGGGCUCAGGAUGAAGCUAAUGCCAACGCCAACUCUGCCAACCAGAAUUUCGAGAUUCCCUUCUUCGUUUACUUACUUGCCUCAGCAAUCACCGCAAUCGCUGCAAUAGGUUCUGUGUUUGAGUAUGUGAAUCAAAAUCCUGUUUUUGGAAUUUUGAAAUCCGACAGCAUCUUCUAUGCUCCAUUGCUCGGAUUCUUUGCAUUUACCGGCAUCCCUACUUCUGCAUUUUUAUGGUUCAAAUCUGUUCAAGUUGCUAAUAAAGAAGCCGAGGAACAAGACAGGAGAGAUGGAUAUCUUUAAAGUUUUCUUUAUUGGAAUAUGAGUAUCUCUCCUCAGUUUCUUGCUCAAUUUUUGCUUCUGCUAUUAAAUUUGUGCAGUUCAAUUGUGAAUAUACCAUAACUAGUUCGGAUAACAAUCUGUACUCAUUUCAUACUUGAAAGAAUAUUUUGUGGGUCUUGACACUGAAGUAUAUCACUAUAUUUUGGUUAA